GAAGAAGUAGCGGGCCAGGUUCGGAACUGUUACCGCAAAUACUACUUUUAAAUCUGGAUCGACGGAAACGAUAGCAACGGUGAAGCGGCGGGACGGCUAGUCGAGACACCAAGAGUUCACACAACAAAACAGUCGCACACCUAAGGAGCGGGAAAGUUCUCUUUGUUGUCUUCCUAUAACAACAAUCACCAAGUUCUUCUAUACUUCCAUGGAUGACCACACAUCUCUAUGCUCUUGCUCAUAUGCGUCGUGCCUCACCUCCCUCUUUAUCUGGCUCCCGUGCUAACAAAGGAAAGGCAAACCCCCGCGGUCCAUAUCCUCCAGACAUCCAACACUCUAGACAUCUGACUUUCCAGCUUUCCUUGCACCCUUUCUGGUUUCUGUCCGGCCCUUCUGCUUUCCUCCCGGCGGAUGCAUUCAGCCAAAGCCUGUGCGCAUUCCCGCACCCUAAAUGUUUCCCCCAAAGCUUAAACAUGCCUGAAGCCAAAGUGCGUUCCCAAGGGCUAUCCAAACAAAGGAAGCAACUAUGAUAUCAUGAGAGCAUGCCGAGCAGCGCCUGGCGAUUUCUAACAACCACGACCAGCAGUUAUCUGUCUCUUCAUGAGAUCUUUGGUGGUGACUCAUUGUGUCACUGCGUUACCUCACGAAUUAAGUUAUGUUCGAAAACAGGUCUUUCGAAGGAUGCCUGUUUCAUUCGUGUUCUCUUGAAGAGUCAUCUUGGGACCUUCUGAAGCUGCGUACGCUAGUAUCUGACCCUGUUUGGUCAUGAGGUAGACUUUCCCCGCGGUUUAACCGCCAACAUAUUUAAUUUUUUGAGAAAUAUAGUGAUAAAAUGCAUUUCCCUUGAUACCUGUUAUCGUGCUGGUGGAUAGGAGGCUAUUGGAGUUGAAUAAUCCUUGAGAGCCGGGGGCACCCUUAUUACCCGCUAUUCAGGCAACAGCUUUCAGUCCCACAUGUUGCCAUAAGAGUUCCCGCUGGCACAUCUUGCAUAUGCAGGCGCCCGCGAACCCGGCCGUCCCCACAAACGCCACUCAGCCACGGGCAUAUAAAAUAAACCCAGAGGACUUGACCAAAAAAGCGAAAAAAACUCACUGACUUAAACGAACAUACCCCGCAGUGCUCCCAACUUAUCUUACGAUUAUGAAUCUUCCAACGGAGAUGGGGUUUGAUGGUCUUGGAGGGGAGGUGGAAGAUGCUGUUGCCCAGGUGGAGGAUUUCGAAGCUCUAAAACGGCGGAGGGAAGCUUCCAUGGCUCAGAUUCCUCCGGAAAUGCCUCACGCUGGUGCAAAUGUGCCCACUUUUGUUCGGCCGGAGUAAGUGUUGGCCCUACACCUCACGAAGUUGCAGGUGGUAACUAAUCCUUUUUUUUCUUUCGACAGAAUCCUGAAGGGCAUCGUGAGUGCCGCCACCACUGUUCAAGCAUCGUCGUCGCCGCUCGAGGUCCCGUUUGACCAUUAUUAUGUGUUACAUGAUGGCAAAGUUCACAAUCCCUUGGGGGCAGGGUCCUACAUCUACAAAAAGGAAUACAUCUCCUCCCAUAUUCGCUACCUAGGUCUUCCUCUGCCCACGACUGGGGCCGACAAAACCCCCCGUCGGCUCCUACCACCUUCCACACUCGUCGUCCAUAUCGGCGCGCAGCCAAAUAAUUCACCUCACGUUGGCACGAUCGUUGUAUUUAUCCUAGCAUUCUUGAUUGCACGGGACGUGAAAAAAUACUACACAGAUCUCCGCCGGAAAGCAGACCUUUCCACUGAAUUCGCUGCAUGGAUUGACAAUUUUGAGGUACUUGUGCAGCUGGACGUUGUCGAUACCGCUCCCCAUAACGAGGAGGGUUGUGUACGUGAUGGUAUCAACUACCAAAGAAGCCAACGUUUUACAAAAGCUUACUAUCGUCUUCUCCCGCAUUACGAGGAGAUCAUGGAGUCAGCAGCCGCAUUUGUUGGAGGUUGUAUCCCAUACAAGUUCACGAACCAAGAAACAGUCGCCAGGAUCCCGAGUGUUCCUCGGAUCAUUGAAGCCAUAGUCAGGGACCGCGAAAGGCUUGGAAGGGAACUAGCGCCGGAGACCGGAGCCCUGGCAAUGCGUUCUGCAUGUCCGCAUGAGAGAUGCGGGCUUGCCGAGAAGCAUGGCAUCAAGAACAAGUACUCCAUUACCUCCUCAGGAUCUGCGAUUAUCGAGUUCUAUUGCCCCGACCACGGGUACCAUUCCGUCGACUCCUCGAACCCGGAUGAAGUAGCGAGGCUUGAGUUCAAUACGCCGCUGAGAAACCUUGUGCGAACAUUCGCAUAUGGCAUUCAAACAACCGAGAGCCGAGGAGCAGCGCAUGACGCAGGAGCACAUGGAGGUACACCGACCCGCGAAUUGAUCCAUAUGCGAGUUACAGGCUCGGAUUAUGCGGGUUUGUAUGCGGAACAGCUGCUCUGGCGGCAACUGAUUUUGCUGAAACCUGAGACUUCCGGGCUCGCUAUCCAACCACCAGUAAUCGCAUACGCACCGUUGAUUCAAGAUUGGGCAGGGUCGAAGCUGUCCAAGUCGUUGUAUGUGGACAAGGGGGCAUAUGAGUACUUGAGGGCGACAAGAAUGGGGUAUAUGCUGUCAUUCGAGGAAAUGAAAAGGCAGGGUAAGGACCACACAAUUCUCUUUCGUGAGGUGGAAAGGUGGUUGGAUGAUCCAAGAAAGUUGUUUCGGCCCUACUCCAUCGACUAUCUGCAUAGGAUUUUUGAGCAAGAAGGUGCAAAAGAAGAGGUUAUCGACAAGAAGCCGGAACGGAAAGAGGGGUUCCAGUAAUGGGCGAUACGGGCGACAAUGCUAUUCCGAACCCAACGAAAGCCUGACAAGAAUGCCAUAACCGUUGGGCUGGUGGGAAAAGGUCAAGGGGCAUGUACUAGUACACUUUUUGAGAGAGAAAUUGGAUGGGAUUAGUUUCAGGAUCGUUAUCCCUUUGUUUGCAAAGUGAGGGGAGGAAGGAGGCCCAGUAUAACCCUGAGAAGAAUUAUGGUUCAAUCAGAAAAAGAAAACCCGUGGAAAUGAUACAGUGACGACAGAGAAGCAAUGCACGCCCUUCCUCACAGAACCAGAGUAGAGUAGAGUCAGAGUUGAGAUUUAGUAUAGCUAGUAACCAUGACUUUAAGUUCAAUAGCAAUAAUGAAAGGGAUGUCUAGGCCGUCCUUUUCGCAUUCCAGCACUAUGGCACAUCACGACCACAAACCGACUCAAAACAGUUUCUCCAUACCCUCCAGCGGUAUCUCUUCAACCAUCUUUUCAGGCGCAUACACGUACAUCUGCGGCACAGAAACAUGAUAGGCCUUCAUCGCCUCCGGUUUCAGCGGUGUCCUCAGUUUAUACAGACCCAGCACCGGGUAACCAAACUUGGACACCUUCAACCCAUUAUCGAAAUCGUCAUUCCCAACACCACUCGGAUCACAUACUUGUCCAGGUGUUUUCGCGCGGCCUGUAAUUAUCACGUGCCUAAAAGCUGCAGGUUUAGCAUCAGUUAUGAGGAUUUUAAAUAGAGAGAUUGAAUCGUACGAGAUGGCGGACGUUGGAGCCGUCGUAUAGAGCCAGAUUCGGGUCACCGUAUCCUUCAAGUGGUACUUCCGGUACUCGUAAUUUUUCUUCCGCUCCGCAAUGAGCUCCACAAAUUCGGGUUUGAUGGGGAGAAUGGCGUUGGCGUAGGAGCGGUCGACGGACGAUUUUGAGCGUGAUUUAGACGACGAUGACGGCGGAGUAACAUUUGCUACCUCCCCGCUCAGAGUCAGUUGGCGUGUCAUUCUUUUCGGCUUCGCUUCAGUUCGAGUGACAGGCAUUGGGAAAGAGAGUAGCAGAGUGUGUGUGUGUGGAUAUGGAGGGACGCGCUAGAUCUCAGUCGCUGCAAUGGUUGUGGUUUGAGCUUUAAGGGCGUGUUGUCAUGUUCGGCAUUUAAGUAAGGGGCUGGGGGUCCUGAGCUCAGGUACCGAGACAAAAGUUCUUGGGAAGGGUUAGAUCUUUCCUGUCAGGGUACCGGUAUAAGAUCUGCCUUGAGGACGUGUUUGGCGCGUUAACUGGUAUGCACAAUUCUAUUAACCUAUCGGCCUAAACCUAUCCUAUCCUGGGCUAGUCGAGAUGGCGAAUCUCAAAAGUAAAUGCGGUAUCGUUCUAGAAGGCUAGACUCCGAACCAGUUUUCUGACAAAAAGGGUAACAGCUUUUUUGUCACGGCAGCCUUAAUACUCCAUGAAAUAUUUAGUUCGACUCUUGAAGCCUUGAGUCCAACAUACUAAACUGUACUACCAUCUUAACUUGUAUAAGAAAAUGGUAUACUAGUAGGUCAGUUCAAGGUGAAACAUUACUUCAUUGAUGCAAUAAUACAAGUGGUUUGAGCGAUAUCAAACAAUAGUAAAGAGUAUUUGACAUUUUAGAAAAUAGGUUGGGGUAAU